AUGGAUCCUUCAGAUCUGCAGCUGAAGAAGUUCUCAACUCAAGAUCUUCAACGCCGUGCCAUGCCCACGACCUUCCUCAACCUUCCUGCUGAGAUUCGCCUACAGAUUUACCGCGUGUACAUCCCACGUGGUCGUGUCGUAUACAACAACACAAGCCUCGCCAGGGGAGGAUUGGACUUUAUUAUUUACGAGGAUCAUGCCCUGCGUACGCCACGUAUCUUAUCCCUGCUACCAUUCACGACUUCUCUCCUCGCCGUCUGCAAACAAGUCAGCGAAGAGUGCCUUGAAGUCCUCUAUGGAGAGAAUCGGUUCGAGAUAGACCUCGCACGAGGUGCUCAGUACUUAUUUCGGAUGGCAUUCACUGAGCAGAACAUUCGCAGAAUCAAAAAUGUGACCGUUAUUGCGCGUCUGGCCGCUGCACCCCCAGAUUUGAAACUUCUCCCUCAGCCAGACUAUCAGUUCUGGGAUAUGGUUUUCCCACAUCUGACCAGCUUCGCUCUACAAGCCAACGAGCCAGCUACCUGUCGCGAUGCAACUGUUGCACGCUGGGAUGUCGACAGGGUCCUUGAGCGACGUUUGAUGGACAGUUGGAUAGAACGCGCUGAGCCCUAUUUUGAGUUGUUUGGUAGGUUCCUUGGUGAUGUUGAUCGAAACAUCAAGGUCGAUAUCUCGGUUGGAGCGGCGACUUUGGUACUUGCCCAACGACACAUUCCAGGACAUUUGUCAGUGAGGAGAGUGUACUGGGUCGAGUGUAUCUGCGGGAGACGUUGCACGCAGCGAUAG